AUGCCCGGCAGUCGAAAGCGACAGCUGUAUGUUGAAGCAGAGUCUACGACUGACUCUUCACCACCGCCCGUCGCUAAACGGCGAAAGCUCGAGAAGCAGCAACGACACAGGACACCCAGCUGGUUUUGGGAUAAUUUGUCACGGCAGUGGCUUACUCCUCGCACUCUUCGAGAGUUUGAUCGAAGAACAGAGUGGCCUGCUGCUUCUUUACCGCCUGAUCGGACUGGCAAGGAAGACAUUGACCUUGCACAGCUCAAGCGCUUCGCAAGACACGGUGGACCAAGCCUUGAGAAUCUGAGAGCUUAUCCAGAACCCCAAACCGCCGUUCCUUCCAAUCGAACGAUGUCGUCAAGUCAAUCGGGUUCUAGGAAACGAGCUAAGACUGGAAGAGAAUCGGAUAUUUCCUCGAAGACGAAGAAAUUCUCUGCAUAUGACCCUGCCUUCGAGCAGCAUCUCAUUGAUCAUGGCAUUUAUCCUUAUGGAUACGACUAUGAUGAUGACGAUGGCUCCGUAUAUCCGGAUAACUGGGAGGAAAUAAAUGAGAGGCUAGCGCAGCCACGGCCUUCUCUUUCGCCAUCACGCUUUCCUCGUGAAGCGUUUCGGAAGUUUGAAAAAACGAACAUGCAGGCUUUGACUGAAAACACUGUGAUGAGCAAAGCAUUCCCGAUCAUUGCUGGCACCGCCGACAUUCCCUCGCAGGAGAACCUUCUCUUCGGAAACCUCAAACACCUGACCGAUGGCUCUAUCACCAAGGCCAAGCCAGACUUCUACGACGGAAGCCGUCCCGCGGAAUUCAAAAAGCAGAUCCGGGAAGAGCUAGGGCCCUACAUCGUGCCGUCGACGAAUACCGCCGCACCGUGCUUGCCCAACUUCUUCACGGAGGCGAAAGGUCCAAAGGGGACUACAGACGUAUGCAAGCUACAAGCUUUAUAUGACGGUGCUGUGGGUGCCCGGGGGGUACACGAGCUGCGGUCAUACAUCGGUCAGGAGACGCUAUUCGACAACAAUAUGUAUACGAUCACAUCAACCUAUCAUCAUAGUGGCCUCCUCACCAUGUAUACAACCCAUCCCACUGCGUCCGAAAGUCCUACAAAUUCUAUUGAAUACCGCAUGACCCAGCUCAGGUCGUUCGCUAUGACCGAUGCUACGGAUACCUUCCGACAAGGAGCUGGCGCAUUGAGAAACGCCAGGGACUGGGCAAAAGAGAAACGGGAAGAGCUCAUAACUGCGGCGAACGGCAAGACGCUAGAUCCGGGACAAUCAAGCUUGGUUUCAUCCACAGAUAGCUUCGUGUCGUUGUCAUCAAACGAGGCCACUCACCCAGAAUCUGAGACGUCAGCUGACGAGCUUGCCCUGGACGUUGAGAACCCAGGCUCUAGUGCAAAGAGGCACAUCUGCGGCGAUGAUGGCGUGCGGAAACUGGUUUACCAGCACAACCCCAUCCAGCUGUCGUGCAUUACCGAUAACACGGAUUCUGCCGCAGGAUCAUGCAGAAGUGAUGCGCAAUCUCCGAAGCCACCGGCAUCACCGCUACCCCCAGGAGUUCAUUAUCGCUACUCAUCACCAUCUCGUAUCAUCUACAUAUUUGUCUCCAAAGCCAUUUCUCGGACUCUUCGUCUCCUAAUCCCUUCGAAACUUUCGUCUCCACUGCUUCGACGCCCCAAACAACCGAUGGGCUUUUCGGAUUUUCUGUUAGGAGCCUUAUCUCAUGAGAUGUGCGCCGUCACCGAUGACGUCGUCAAGAUGUUCGACCUCCUCCAAUCUGUUGUCACUAAGCACGCGUUUGGUUGCUGGGAGGCUGCAAAGGCUGCAAAGGCUGCAGGUACAAUCGAAGCCGAAAUUCUUUUGGAGGUGCCCACGUCGAGAUUUCGAAGGGCCGGUAUGGGAAUAUGA